UUGGGCGAGCGUUGGAACAUUCUAGUCGGCACCAACCAAAGCCAAUACACCUCCCGUCCUCGUUCCUGUCCACCGGCGCGUCAUCAUCCACCGUUUCUCUCUCUGAUAUUUAUCCCUAUCGUCCGGAGCAGGCGCCCCCCCUCUCUCUCUGCAAUCUCUCUCCUCAUGGCAUCGUCUGGCGGCAGGACCGGCGCCGGUGGCGGCGUCGGCGGUCCGCAGCUCUAUUUCUGUCACCAGUGCAACCGCACGGUCUCGAUCAACCCUUCCCCGACCUCUGAUCUCCAUUGCCCGGACUGCAACGGCGGUUUCCUAGAAGAGUACGAGAGCCCCGACGUUAGCCCUAUGCUCAAUCCCUUCUUCCCAUUCGACUCCUUCGGUGGCGGCUCCGCCGGUUCGGGCGGCAGCAUAAGUUUCAGUUCCGGCACCGGAUUUCCCAUGCUCUUCACGUCCUCCACUGGCAGCGCCGGAGGCGGAGGAAUGGAUGAUUUUGCGGCCCUCCUUGGGGGCGCAUCGGCCUUCAACGACAGCAACAACAACAACCCGGAUGCGUUCAAUCCCCUACUCUUCCUCCAUAAUUACAUCCAAACCCUAAGAGCCGGUGGCAACAAUAUUCAAUUCGUGAUUGACAACAAUUCCGGCGAUGGUGGCUCCUUUCGGAUUCCCGGAAAUAUCAAUCUCGGAGACUACUUUAUUGGCUCUAAUCUCGAGCAACUAAUCCAGCAGCUCGCGGAGAAUGAUCCCAAUCGCUAUGGCACGCCCCCUGCGUCAAAAUCCGCAAUUAAUGAGCUUCCAGACAUCAAGAUUACCGAAGAAUUGCUAGUCUCAGACAAUUCGCAAUGCGCGGUUUGCAAGGACACGUUUGAGCUCGGUGAAGAGGCAAAGCAAAUGCCUUGUAAGCAUAUAUACCAUUCUGAUUGCAUAUUGCCCUGGUUGGAAUUGCACAAUUCUUGUCCUGUUUGUAGAUAUGAAUUACCCACUGAUGAUCCUGAUUAUGAGCAAAAGAAUAGGGGUCACCAGGCUCAGCAAGUUUCUGGUAAUCGGGGUCAAUCUGAUGGAUCUAGUGACUUGGCCGGUGCUCCCGCGUCUGGAGACAAUUCUCAGAUGCCACAGACAAUGGAACGGCGAUUCAGGAUUUCGUUGCCAUGGCCGUUUAGGACAUUUGGCUCUCCUGCAGAGACGAGUGAUAGUGGCAGUGGGAGUGGUAAUAAUAAUGGAAACAACGAUGGGAAUUCAAAUGCUGGGGACGGUGUAAAUCGGAACUUUGAAUCAGAAACCAGACAGGAAGAUCUUGAUUGAGGAACCUGUGGUGCUUGUCAUCAUAGAAUGAGGAAGCAUCUGUGGCAGGGGAAAUUCAGCUUUGGACCUGUCACUAUUCCCUAAUUAAAAUGCGCCUCCAGAUGAGAGGUGUAUCGAAUACAUUCAUAGGCGAACCGCUAUCUCCAUCAGAACGUUGGGAGAUUUUUUUUGUCAUCCUGUUGAUAUACUAUACUUUUGUUUGGGUGUCAUUUGUUUCCAGUACUAUGAAUGUUUCUCAUCUAGGAAGAUGUAUACCCUAGCAUACAUAUGUUCAACGCCUCUUUUAAAGUCAAUUCGAGCUAAUUACUGUCUUGAAAAA